AAGCUCUUUGGUUUUCGUUAAUUCUUUGUAUGUUUGUCUUUAUCUUCUUUAUAUUUUGGCGUCACACAAGUUGUUUAUCCUACUUCUCCACUUGUGGAAUUUAUACGAAGCUUCCUAUGAUAUUUCCACCACCCUGUACAUAUAUAUCUGAUACCCAGUAGCCAACAAGCUCAAUUACCAACUGAGUUAUUGUAUGGUUUUGGUUUGCUUCACACAAUGCCUUGGUGGGAUUUGAGAUCUCUUUCUCGUUUUUGGGUCGCUCAGGUUGACUUGUUGGGAUUAUCUAGGAUGUGUCAAGAAAGAGGUUGGAGACUUCUACAGUUACCAGUGAUUGGGUUUCUCCCAUUGAGUGUCCAUUGAUAAAAUACAAGAACAAAGAGGAAAGAAUGAGGGAAGUCCAGCUUGGUGCACAUACUGUAAGGUCCCACGGAAUUACGGUUGCAAGGACACACAUGCAUGACUGGCUGAUACUCAUGCUUCUUUUGCUGAUUGAGGCCUUCUUAUAUGAAAUCCAUCCAUUUUAUCGCUUUGUUGGGAAGGAUAUGAUGUCUGACCUCAAAUAUCCCCUGAAAAGUAACACAGUACCUGUUUGGGCUGUUCCUAUUUAUUCAGUUCUGUUGCCCAUUGCAAUUUUUCUCAUUGUUUAUUUCCGUAGGAGAGAUGUCUAUGAUCUUCAUCAUGCCAUACUAGGUCUCUUAUUCUCUGUUCUAGUCACAGCGGUUAUUACAGAUGCUAUAAAAGAUGCAGUUGGUCGACCUCGGCCUGAUUUCUUUUGGCGGUGUUUUCCUGAUGGAAAGGAUGUUUAUGAUACAUUGGGAAAUGUUGUAUGUCAUGGAGACAAGAUUGUCAUAAAGGAAGGACAUAAGAGUUUUCCUAGUGGCCAUACUUCAUGGUCUUUUGCUGGUCUAGGCUUUCUAUCGCUGUACUUAUCUGGAAAAAUAAAAGUAUUUGACCGUAGAGGCCAUGUUGCAAAAUUGUGCCUUGUUUUCCUUCCUUUACUUGUUGCAUCACUUGUUGGUGUUUCUCGGGUGGAUGACUACUGGCACCACUGGCAAGAUGUGUUUGCAGGAGGCCUCCUAGGGCUCACAGUGGCAACAUUUUGCUAUUUACAGUUCUUCCCUCCCCCAUAUCAUGCUGAAGGUUGGGGGCCUUAUGCUUACUUUCGGGAGUUGGAGUCACGUUCAAGUACACAAGCAGUCAAUGCUGUGAAUGGGUGCAAUGUGCAGGUCAUGGAGGCUCAGCCUCAGCUUGACAAUGCACAUGAUGAAAGAAGCAUCCAUGGAUGUAUGGGGUUAACUCUAGCACGUAAUUCAAAUACAACAUUGGAAGAAAUAGAAUCUGGGAGAAGAUAAUUUUGUACAUGCCUUGCAAGGCGGUCCAAUUUCUUACCGUUUAGUUUAUUUACAUUAGGCAUGUGUAUAUCAAUAUGUGCAGAAUUUCCCUAUGCUGCCCCUUUUUGAAGUAAAUUUUGGAGCUUCCUCGAAUGCAAUUUUGAAUCUUAGGUAAUGUACAUUGUAACGCGAAACUGCAACUUGGAAAUGUACAUUUCCCUAUGCAUACUUUUAUCUGUUCUUCAAA